AUGGGUUUCCAAUUUGCGUUCUUAUGCGACCUGCUGUCUAGUUUGGACGAUAGCCGAACGGCCGCAGCCAAGGAUGGCAGUCUACACAUCAAAGUGGUCGCCCAGUGGUUUGCUCGACAUGGUCGGGAGAUCAAUAAUGCAGACACAGACAGAGUCGCGUUACUCUCCUGCAUAUUUCCGGAGAAACGAACAGACCGGGUAUACUAUUUGCAGGCCACGCAGUUAUCGAGAGUCAUAGGGCGUUGCUUGGGUCUGGGUUCUUCGCGCCUUUCGGAGCUCAAUCGUUGGCAACAUCCUGGUGGCUCUGAUCUCGGUGGAUGUGUCGAGGGCGUCAUGCGGCAAGCCGAGAACUAUGUUCCUGCUGGUCAGGAGUUGACGGUUGAAGAGGUUGAUAUCGCCAUGGCUAAGAUUGCAUCACGGUGCCGUUUUUCUGGUCCUCAAGUCCGCCGGAACCGCUCAGCUGUAGACGUUGAAGAGAUUCUAUCAAAGUUGUAUCGUCGAGCAAGCAGCCGUGAUGCUAAGUGGCUCACUCGCCUGAUUUUGAAAACCUACUCUCCUGUUGUCUUUCCCGAGAGAUUCACACUAAAGAAGUUUCAUUUCCUACUUCCCCAACUUCUUCAGCUCCAGAACUCGUUUGAAGGGGCGUUGGGGAUGCUCAAUUCGGACCCAAUUUGCCAAUUCCCGCCAAACCCAGAUCCCAAAGCAGCCAAAAGCCUUAGCACAAUAGCGCUGCAACACCUGCGACCUCGUCCCGGCAUCAAAGUGGGCCGACCUGAUUAUUACAAAGCUCGAAGCAUCAAACAUUGUCUCGAGAUGAUCAAUGGUCGCCGAAUGAGCCUGGAACGGAAAUACGACGGCGAAUACUGUCAGAUUCACGUCGAUCUUUCUAAUAAACUUACUCCCAUACAAAUAUUUUCCAAAAGUGGCAAAGACUCGACAGCAGAUAGAGAUAAGAUUCUACCUGUGAUAGAGGAAUGCCUGCGCAUGCGGUUGCUCGGGUGCAAAUUCACACACCGAUGUAUCCUUGAGGGUGAAUUGCUCGUCUUUAAUGAUCAAGAUGCCGAGAUCUUGGACUUCAACAAACUCCGGAGGCUGAUACCUCGAUCUGGCACUCUGAUCGGUGUUGAUAGCGAUUCCCCGCCACAACCAUACGAACACUUAAUGAUGAUGUUCUUCGAUAUCCUGCUCCUCGACGAUGAUGUCUGUUUAGCGAAGCCCCAUCGGGAACGUCGAUUGCUAUUGCAAAAAGUAGUGAAUACCAUCCCAGGCAGGGCUGAGCUUGCUCACCAAGAAGUCUUGGACUUCAGCCAAGUUGAUAGCCCGAACAGAGUCAUACAGAGGUUCGAACAAGCGAUCACUCAACGAUGGGAAGGGUAUAUCCUGAAGGCUUCCGACGAGCCUUAUUUUCCACUAUAUUGCGCUGGUGUAGAUCGUCUGUUCGGUCGGUGGAUCAAGCUCAAAAAAGACUAUAUCCCUGGGCUAGGAGACACAUUGGAUUUCGCGUUGAUUGGAGCCUACUACAACUCCCAGGAUGCUCUUGGUCUGGGACAAGUCAAAAAGCUGAAAUGGACUCAUUUCUUCGUUGGCUGUCUUCUGAACAAAGAAGAGGUUGUAAAGAGCGAUGCUUUACCGCAUUUCCGAGUGGUUGAUGUCAUUGGUCGGCACAGCAUGAGCAUCUUGACUAUGCAAACCCUCAAUCAGAUGGGGGCAUUCUGUGCCCGUGAACCUGACAGUUAUGACGGCUUUCGCGUCGAGUACGGGCACCAAACCCUGCCCAUGGCAUCCACAUUGUUCAAGCACCCGUUCAUCGUCGAGAUGCUGGGAAGUGGUUUCGACAAACCCUCUGGUGCUAGAUACUGGACGCUUCGGUUUCCGCGGAUCUUGAAAGUACACGGCGAUAGGUCCUUGGAGGAGGCUGCUUCAUUCCAGGAGUUGCAGUGUCAAGCAGAGGCGGCUCGGGCUGUGCCUACAGACGAGCUAGAAGAGCUACAAGAGCGUGAGAGAUGGUCAAAACGCCUCAAAGCUGGUAGCGGACUCAACCAGUACCUUGUCAGAUCGUCGAGCCCAGAAUCGACCUGUUCAGAUACCGAUGAGACGACUCCUCCGUCAUCCCAGCCUUACCAGGCUUCUCAGGAUGUCACUACCUCUGGAGGUAGUAUGGAGGUACGUCCCUUGAUGGUAGACUUGCUCGAAGACUCAAUGGGAGGAGACGUACUUGGUGGAUUGCACGAGGCUCCUUCAUGCACCCCCGUGGUCUACAUCGAUGAGCCGGUGAUAUCCACGGACGUUGGGAAUUCAGUUCCCGACGAUAGUGUGCUUGCCGAGAACGAGAACCUAUCAUCUCGUCAAAAGCCCAGCCAGAGGGAUGAAAAGACUGAAUCGCAGGACCUUGAAAAUUCUUUGCCGCUUGAACAACCUCCGAUGCCGCCAUCGUCCGGUGUUACAAGUCCAAUGCAGACGACUAGUGCCACCUCCGCGCCCAAGUUGGACUCCCCAGACCCUCAAAAACCGCAGGCACCGCUUCUGGAAACGUUGAUUACGCCCCCGUCAUUCAAGCUGAAACGCAAGGUGGCACCCAAGUCCCCUUUGGCCACAAUUCCCAUGUGGACACCGAAAACAACUUUACGGGGCUUCAAUCGUCCCCAUGAUGAUGGCCAGUGCGCCAAAGACAUCGAACAACAUGAUUUACGCCAGUUCCUGCAGUGUAUUUGCUCUGAUUCAAUGGUUGCUUCACUACAUCAAUCAAACCCAUAUGCUGCAUCUCAGGGAACACGAUUCGGAAUUGUCAUGUUGGACCCCAAAACAAGUCGACUAGGCGAAGAAAUGCUCAAAGUCGCAACAAUUAUUUCAAGUGUUCUCCUCACGGAAACACAUCCCAUGCCCUCUGUGGGCAAGAUAUUCUUUUUGGGCUCAAGCAUACUGGACCGAGAUUUGUGCCCCAACGACCUCCGCUUCUGCUUGCGUGACACAUGGACAGAUAUCGGACGCCAUGAUUCUUAUGGCUGUAUUUCAUGGGACCUCAACAGAAAGCGCAACAGCAAGACUUCCGAAGCAAGGGAGCCGGUUUUUGGAAGGGAUCUGCACUCUUCUGACAUGCGAGAUAAGACGUCGCAGCAAUACAGUGUACCGAACGCGCCAGUUAUUUGGAUGACGUUUGAUGAGAGCGAUGUUGCUGAGUUGGGCGAGUAUAUAUCGCUCGAACCACUUGCUCAUAUUCUUGAUCUACGAUACCCGGUUCUCUUUAUAAAUGACAUUGAUAUGCGCUAG